AUGGUCAAGAACACCCUGCGCGGCAGCCGCUCGACUUCGGCCCUCCGAAACCGCGUCGAAGAUGACCAAGUGCUCACAGCCCGUGAACGCGAAGAUAGAACGCGCACAAACCAUGGACACCUCGCAGAGGCCGAAGCUGUUCUCGCAUAUUUUGGGAUUCCCUCUCUAGGAAGGGGCAGCAGCGGCAUGGAAACAAUGCAUUACACCAAGGCGGACGAGGCCGCUGGAGUUGCCCAGGCCACGAAACCAACGGUUCGUUGGGGCUCCGUGUCCGAGGCCGUGGAUCAGCCACCGCGGGAUGAGAACAUAGAAGAGGUGAUGCAGCGUUGCAGACGUGCUGCCGAGCAUAAGCUGAAGAGGAUCAGACACAUGUCGAAUGGGCAGCCAACCCUGGAGGAUACCUUGAGGCUGGAUCCGGACUUUAAGAGCUUGUUUGAGAAGUUCAACGAGAGUCGACGCGUUCCGGGGAGGAGCCUGAUAUCGAAUGGGCUGCUGGCGGAGGGGAGCACUCUCAAGAGUCCGGAGGCUUAUUGCCAGCCUUUCUGCGACUUCUUGACGGAGAAUCCUACCGUGUUCCAUGCAGUGAAUUACUUUGAGGAGAAGCUGGAGAAGGCCGGGUUCACCAAGCUAUCCGAGCGCAAGACCUGGACCGAAGAAUUGGAAGCGGGUGGCCAGUACUUUAUCACGAGAAACGGAAGCUCGUUGAUCGCCUUCUCUGUUGGCGGUGGAUACAAGUCAGGUAAUGGAGUCGCGAUGGUUGCCGGGCACGUCGAUGCAUUGACUGCACGACUGAAGCCUGUGAGUAACAAGAAAACAUCCGCCGGCUAUCUGCAGCUUGGUGUGGCGCCGUACGCUGGAGGUUUAAAUACCACUUGGUGGGAUAGAGACCUUGGGAUUGGAGGAAGAGUUCUGGUCAAAGAUCCCAGCACGGGGAAGAUUAAUAUAAAGCUGGUCAAGUUGGGCUGGCCCAUCGCAAGAAUUCCUACCCUGGCACCUCACUUCGGUGUGGGCAUGCUGGGUUCAAACAAUGCUGAGACCCAGGCCGUCCCCAUCAUUGGUCUUGACAGCUCCGAUGGUUCAUCUGCCGAGGAGUUUAAGAACCAGACACUGGGUGGUGAGGGUGCAUUUACUGCCACGCAGCCACCGAAGCUUGUCCGAGCCAUCGCUGGAGAGCUGGGCAUUCAGGACUAUUCGUCAAUUGUCAAUUGGGAGCUGGAGCUAUACGAUACCCAACCUGCUCAAACCGGCGGUCUCGAGAAGGAAUUCAUCUUCGGUGGCCGCAUCGACGACAAGAUCUGCUCAUGGGCCGCAAUUGAAGGCCUCCUGGCAUCCGCUUCAGCUCCUACAUCUGAGACAGAUGGGAUUGUUAAGCUUGUCGGUGUCUUUGACGAUGAGGAGAUCGGAUCCCAACUCCGUCAAGGCGCCAAGUCGAACUUCCUCCCCGGUGUAGUUGAGCGCAUCGCCGAAGCCUUCUCCCCAUCUGGCUGUAGCGCAAACGUUCUCUCUCAGACUUACGCCAACUCCUUUCUCAUCUCCGCGGACGUCACACAUGCCGUCAACCCCAAUUUCCUGGGCUCGUACCUCGAGGGCCACGCGCCAAGACUGAAUGUCGGUCUGGCAAUUGCCGCCGACUCGAAUGGACACAUGACGACCGACUCGGUCUCGACGGCUCUCCUGACCCAGGUCGCCGAGAAGAGUGGUAGCAAGCUUCAAGUUUUCCAGAUCCGAAACGAUUCGCGAAGUGGCGGCACCGUUGGGCCCAUGCUCAGCUCGGCCAUGGGUGUUAGGGCCAUCGAUGCCGGUAUAGCUCAACUGAGCAUGCACAGUAUCCGUGCUACGGUAGGAUCCCAAGAUCCGGGUCUCGGGGUCAAGCUGUUCAAAGGCUUCUUUGAUCAUUUUGAGAGCGUUGAUGCGGACUUCGAGUAG